AAGAGAUCCUAAGUUAUUUAUAUCCCCGCUCAACAUAUACUAAAAAAUAAUAAAUAAUGAAAACAAUGUUCUCCAAACUUUUGUCGUUUCAUUAUUGUGAAAGUAGAAAAUGCGACAAAUCAAAGCUUGAAAUGUUCAACAAUAUUGAAGUCUUCUCAUCGUCCCAACAUCUUAAAUAUACUUUCAGUUCUUUCGAUCUAAUUUCUUAAUUCAACUUUAAGAUGGAGCGUUUGAGGAAGACUCUUGUGGGUCUCACGGUGAUCAUCAUAUUAUCAACACCGGCCUCAGCAGUCUCACUAGCCAAACCCGGUUGUGAUGAAUGGUGCGGCGACUUACGAAUUCGGUAUCCAUAUGGAGUAAAAGAAGGAUGUUAUCUCAACCAAACAUUCUUAAUUACAUGCGACAAAGCCUUUAGCCCUCCAAAGGCGUUUCUAAUGGAUACAAACAUUAGUGUUACCAAUAUAUCACUCAAUGGUGAGCUCCACAUGUUGCAGCCCAUAGUACGAUAUUGCCAUGAGGGAGUGCAAUUAGGAGGUGGUUCUUUUAUCCCCAACAUAACCAACCUUACGGCACCGCCGACGUUAUCAAUUGCGGAUGGCAAAAAUAAGUUCAUCGCCAUCGGUUGCAGUACGUUUGGUUUGUUCACAGGGAUGCUAAAGGGAAGUGAAUUUCUAACUGGGUGUGUUGCGUUAUGUACGAAUAAUAGUUCUAUAGUUGAUGGGUCGUGUUCUGGGACUGGAUGUUGUGAGUUGAAUAUUCCUAAUGGGUUGAGGAGUUUGAGUUUGGCUGUGGGUCAACUGUUGGAUGAUCGUAAUGGAACUUUUGUGAAGUAUAAUCCAUGUGGGUAUGCUUUUGUGGUUGGAGAAGAAGGAUUUAAGUUUAAAUCAAGUUAUAUUGAUAAUUUUGAAGAUAGGGAAGUUGUGGCUGUGGUUGAUUGGAGCAUUGGAAAUGAAACAAUAAUUGAUAUUUGUGGAUUAAAUAGUAUAAGGAAUAGCAGUUUUUCUGAUGAUAGAUCUCAAUAUCGUUGCGAAUGUUUGGAUGGUUAUGAAGGAAAUCCAUAUCUCCCUCGAGGAUGUGAUCAAGAUAUAAAUGAAUGCGAGCAUAAAUGGCUGAAUGACUGCACGCACGAAUGCAUUAACACAAGAGGAAGCUAUACUUGCAAAUGUCCUAAAAAUUAUAAAGGAGAUGGAAGACGAGGGGAAGAUCGACAGGGCUGCACUCGAGAUUCCAAGACUAUUCCCAUCAUAAUCGGAAUUGGAGUAGGGUUCACUGUUUUACUAAUUGGUAGCACAUGGAUAUUCUUGGGUUACAAAAAGUGGAAGUUCAUCAAAAGGAAAGAGAAAUUUUUUAGAGAAAAUGGAGGUUUCAUACUUCAACAACAACUUUCUCAAAGGCAAUCCGUCCCAAAUGAAAUGGUCAGAAUUUUCACCCAAGAAGAAUUGGCGAAGGCCACAAACAACUACGACAAUAGCACUAUUGUUGGCAAAGGUGGGUACGGUACGGUUUACAAAGGAAUCUUAGAAGAUGGCUUGGCAGUGGCAAUCAAGAAAUCGAAACUUAUAGAACAAUCCCAAACUGAUCAAUUCAUUAACGAAGUUAUUGUUUUGUCUCAAAUCAACCAUCGCAACGUGGUUAGACUCUUGGGAUGUUGUUUAGAGACGCAAGUCCCAUUGUUGGUGUAUGAGUUUGUAACCAAUGGCACCCUCUUUGAACACAUCCAUGACAAAACCAAGCAUGCUUCUCUUUCGUGGGAAGCCCGUUUAAAAAUAGCCUUGGAGACUGCAGGUGUGCUUUCGUAUUUACAUUCUUCAGCUUCCACUCCAAUUAUUCAUAGAGAUGUCAAGACGUCCAACAUACUUUUAGACAAUAAUUACACUGCAAAGGUAUCUGAUUUUGGAGCGUCAAAGUUGGUUCCAAUGGAUCGAACACAAGUAUCCACGUUGGUGCAAGGGACAUUAGGGUAUUUAGACCCAGAGUACUUAUUGACAAGCAAGUUGACAGAGAAGAGUGAUGUUUAUAGUUUUGGAAUAGUGUUGUUAGAGCUUAUAACUGGGAAAAAAGCGGUGUGUUUUGAUGGGCCAGAAGAGGAGAGGAACCUAGCAAUGUAUGUGCUUUGUGCAAUGAAAGAAGAUCGGUUGGAAGAAGUUGUGGAGAAAGCAAUGAUGGUGAAAGUGGGAAGAUUUGAGGAAGUUAAACAAGUGGCCAAGGUAGCAAUGAAAUGCUUGAAAAUUAAAGGGGAAGAGCGGCCCAGCAUGAAAGAAGUGGCUAUGGAGUUGGAGGGAGUGCGAUCGAUGCAAGUUCAACAUUAAUGGGCUAAUAAUAAUAAUUUGUCCAACGAUGAGGAAACAAUAUGUUUAUUGGAUGUUGAAGCUUCAGACUCAAAGAAUUUUGCUUCGCGUGGCACUAUGAGUGUCGUUGGGGAUAGCAUAAAAGCUUCAACUUUGCCACACAUUCACCAGGGAAGAUGAUUUUAUCUUAGUUAUAUAUAUACUUCCUUAAAUAUAAUUAAGAGGAGAAUGUUCGUAUAGAAUUUAGAUUGACUUCUGCAAUAAUUCUAUUUUUUUUCAAUAUAUAUUUUGAAAUUCAGAUGAGAAAUGUGUACGUAUAUGCUACAUUAUUGUGAAACUUGAUAUAUAUUGUUGUUGUAUAAUAAUGCUUAACCGGUUGAUUUA